GUGGGUGAUUGUUCCUGUCUUUGUGUUUUGCACCAGAUAGGACUGGUUAGGUUUUCACACGUUUUUGUAAUCAGUUGUUCAUGUGUACGUUUACGUAUUAAAAGGAACCAUGGACACUUACCACGCCGCAUAUUGGUCCUCUGAUCCUUUUCGCCUCUCCUCUUCGGAAGAAGAGGAGGAAAUCCCUGACAACAUGGAGGGAGGCAAGGACUCUUGCCAGGGUGACUCUUGGGGCCCCAUGGUGUGCAACAGUGAGCUGCAGGGUGUUGUGUCCUGGGGUUAUGGCUGUGCCGAGUCCGGUAACCCUGGUGUCUAUGACAAGGUGUGCAUCUUCAACGACUGGCUGACCAGCAACAUGGCCAACUAAUAAAUCUGAUCCUGGUUUCGGUCCCCCAGCAUGGUCCCACAGCUCUACAACAUCAUCUGAAGUUCAACAUUCAUCUAUUCACUGGAGAUGAAAAUCGAAUGAUGAAUAAAGCAUUUUAAAUGAUUUCAGUCUACUGAGACUGUUUGAACUUGUUUUAACAGGUCGGAGGAAUUGGGCUGGGGAAAUGUAGCCACUCUCAAAUGUAUAGACAGAUCUAUGGAUGCAAGGAAUGACCAUCAAUGAGACCAAAAUAACCAUGUUUUGAAGCUAAACUGUGUUUGUUAACAAUUACACUGUUUACAAACAAUAGAGUAAAAAAGUGUAUAUUUUGUGUUCUGAUUGGGUAAGACAGUUGAACUAAGCUCAUGAUUAGGCAUUUCUCUAUAGUAUAAUACCAUAAGCCACAAACUUUUAGCGGGGUCUGGUCGCACAAUUUUGCAUAGAUUUUUAUCAUUUUUGGCUCCUAAGUGCUUCGUCCAUAAACAUGCCAUAGGCCACUUUAUACUCGUCUAUGUUUUAUGUUUCUUUACGUUUUUACAUUUUGUGUUUUUGGAAUGUUUGUAACCAUGGGAAACCGUGAUGUCACAAUGUACACCAGAAUCUCAAUUGAGAUUCUCCCAAUGUAUAGAAUGCCGCCUCUGUCUGGUCUUAACUUUCAUUAUAGUUAAUGUUCCAGCCUUCGAACCCCCAGAAAAGUGCCUUACACUAUUGAACACAUACACAACAGUAUGUGUUCAAUAGCAUACUGUAGCAGAAAUAUAAAUGUGUAUUCACUGAAUAUAGUUCAUUUUGAUUUAUCGGAGCAUUGGGGAAAAUAUGUAGUCGUAACACUUUUUAUGCACCAAGUGAUCACUUCUCUCUGACAUUUACGCAAGCAUAGACCCAUAAAACUAAUGUUGCCGUUUGUGGAUUUAUGAAAAAUAUGAACAUGUCUAUGACGUUUCCAAUAGAAAGAUAUUUGUAGUGAGAAAUAAUUCCUCUUAACGG